UGUUCCGCCAUUGUGUGUAUUCGUAAAAAGAAGACGAACGCUGAUGGGAUAACCCCGACCCUGUAUUACUAAGGCGUCCCACAACUUGUGGUACCGCGAUGGAGAAACAGAGUUCUCUGGAUGCCUUCAUUGACAUCCACAUCUGUGGUGCCUGCAAGAGUCAGUUCAACAAUGUUGAAGUGUUUCUACUGCACAAGAGCCAAUGCCCAUCCUUGGCAGAAUUGCGAGCCAAAAUGGCUGCCAAGAUGUCGUCUGCUUCCAGUUUGGAAGCAAACGGUAAUAAUGAAUUGCCCCGGACAACGGAAGGGGAAGUGGCAUCAAUCAAACACCUUGUUGAAGCCGCAGAGAGCCAGUUGGUCUCAUCCCAACAGAUUUCGAACGGUGAGUCGGAGGUGGAUAGUCGACACUCGGCCUCCAUCACCGUUCAGUCAGGUUCAGGACAGUCAAUGGUGUUGACCAAGGAUGGCAUCUUACAAGCUCAAGAAGAUUCUACCUCAGGUUGGUCACAGCAAGUGGAACAAAAUGCUCCAACGUCGAGUGUCAUGUUUCUGUCGAGUGAAGAGGCUGCCGUGUUUCAGAAGACAAAGGAAGCAUCGUUGGACGAAAAGAACAAAAUACCCAGAAGUCAAGACAAUCAUGACCUUAAACAGUUACAGCCUGCACAGACGAUUUAUGUGGAGGCUAUCCAACAGCCUGAGCAAGACUAUGACCUGAAUCGAGUGAAGACAAAAGAAGAACAAUUCAGUGGUGUCAGCCUCUCUCUGAGCAGUGGUGGGUCGCCUCGACAAGGGGAGAGAACUGAGGUUAUUGUUACAGAGACCAUGCUGUCGGCAUCAGAACAGCAGGGGAUGGUGACUGAGUCGGGGUCUCUGCUGCCCAAUACAGAGCUUGUCCACCAGGGGAGCACUACUUGGUGAGCGAAGAAGGAGAAGCUUCUGAAGUUCAAAGUGUCUUGUAUUCAGAGGAGACUCCCUUACCUCCACUCAGACCUUUCACUAGCAUUAGGG